AUGGAAAAAGAAUCCAGCCCCAUGGAGAAAAGCCAGGCAGAAGCCCUGAAGGCCAAACUCCUCUAUCAGGAGGUUUGCUUAGCAGCUCAGCGGCUUGACCUCUUUCUCCGAAAUGGCAAUGCCCACAAAGAGGUUUUCAAACCUCAUGUCCUGGCCCUCAGGGAUGUGGUUCAACAAGUCUGCAUUAAACUCAUGUUCCUGCACCCAGUGGAUUAUGGGAGGAAGGCAGAAGAACUGUUAUGGAGGAAGAUGUACUCUGAUGUUGUUAUGCUGCUAAUGAAGACCAACAGAAAACACAUGGAUACUUUUAAUCACUGGGAAGGCCCAUUGCGUGCUCAUCUGGUGGGUGGCCUCAAAUUCUAUGAACAUCUCUUCCUUUUCCUUCAGCAUCACUAUGAGCUGAGGCUACAGAGCUGUAUAGAUUGGCCCCAUCAUGCAAUCCACUUUAUUGGCUGCAAGAAAGUGGGGCCCGCAUCAGAAGAAGAGACGGCCUGGGCUCGAAUGGCUUGCCAUCGCUGCCUGUUGUACCUGGGAGACUUGUUUCGCUAUCAGAAUGAGUUCCUAGCCCUGGCCACCAAGGACUUGGCUGAGAGGUGUUAUUAUAGAGCCCUGUCAGUGGCCCCACACAUGGGAAUGCCCUUCAACCAGUUGGGAGCUCUCACAGGGAGCAAGUAUUAUGAUGUUGAAGCCACGUACUUCUACCAGCGUUGCCUUUACUCAGAAGUGCCUUUUAAAGGGGCAGCUUGGAACCUUAAACAGUUAUAUGAUCAUGCAGGCAAAAGGUACAGUCGCCUGAAAAGGCACCAGGGAAAAAAGCUAUCUCCUAGCCAGAAGCAGUGUUGGGAUAAUAAAAGGCUGCUGGUUAGCUUCCUCUACCUUCAGAGCCUCCUGCAGCCUCAGAGGAAAUUUAAAACAACCCGGCUUAUAGCCCUGUGCCAGUUGGUCUUGGAAGACUUUCAUCUCUGCCUUUCCUAUCGGCCAUGCCCAUCUGACCAGAGUGAAGUCUCUGCAGAGAGAAAGCCCCCAAGAGGCUACUUGUUUCUCCCAGACCUCCUCAUUUUCCACAUGGUGGUUCUUUGUCUCAUGAGUGUCCACGGUCUGAGGAAAACAGGCUCAAAGCAGCACAGGCCAGCAGUCAUCUUCACCUUGACCCUUUUCUCUUACCUGAUUCAACAUGUGAAUACCCGAAUCCAGGCUGAACUCCAGAAAGGAAAGCUGAUUCCAGAGGUGGUGACUGCCAGUGAUGGAAGCCAGGCAAUAGAGACCGGGGAGGAGCAACAAGACAUUCCACCCCCCUGCCCUGAGCUCCAACACAGCAAAUUCCAGAAAAGCCAUAGGAUAUCUUAUGUUUCUGCUGAGGGUUACAACUCAGAAGCAAGUUUUCAUUCCUGCUGUGACUCAGAUGAGACAGAUGAAGAGGAAAACAUGUCUUCAAGCUCACAGGUCCAUUCAGAAACCAGUAGUGAAACCUCUUAUUCAGAUUCAACUGAUGAAGAAGGGAGUGACUUCCUGAAUCCAGAAGCAAUGCAGGAAAGUGGCGUGACAUCCAAAUAUAAAGUUGCCCAGUCCAGGGAUAAGUCGACAGCAUGUAAGCCCCCCAGUAAUCUCCUGAAAACAACCCUUUCUGCCAACCUGCCAACCCCACUGAGCCAAAAGCACCAAGGAAAACAUGAUUUGCAUUUGGCUCCUGUCUUCAGUCACGGUGUUCUGAAGCCCCAGUCCAAGGUGAGUCCUGCUUCCAGCAAUACAUCUGACUCGGAGGACGAUAUGAGCAGGUUUCCUGAGUUAGAGCUGGCCACUGGCUCCUACUUGGGGCAGAACAUUUCCAUCCACCAGUCUGGCAACAACCUUCAGACCAUUCGGAAGAAACUGAAGAUCCUCUCUGCAGAAGGGCUGCUGCCCACCAUCAAAGUGGUUGUGGGCUGGCUCCACACAAACCACGGCUUCCUCACUUCGUAUUGGCGUAGUCCACUUAGCCUGUGGAACCACCUAGCCGUGCUGCUGAACCUGCUGCCCUCAGUGGGAGACCUGCAGGACCCAGACCUUGGUCUGUCCCACCAGCUCCAGGACCUGCUGCAGAGCUGUAAAGGCCCAAACACCCCCAGGUUCCUGCACCUCCCUGAGGACAUCGCUCUGUGUCAGCACUCUCCACUGCAGGCUUGCCAAGACAGGGCGUGCUUGGGGAAGGAUUCCCCUGUACUCAGCCCCCAGGAUGAAGCUGCUGUCCGUAUCUGUUUCCUUAGAAACUUUGGCCACUUUGCAACUCGACUGCCCGGACAGUUCCUGAGGUUCGACUCUAAAGUGGGUGUCUUUGUGAGCACUAGGCUUGAAGGAUCAGAAAACCCAUCUCAGCACUUUCCAGAGAGAACUUCAAGGAUCAGGUUUUCCAAAGACAUAGUUCAGCUGUGGCUUCAGCGUGAAGUAGUGCAGCUGGAGAAGACCCUCAGGGGUCUCCAGGCUCAGCCAGCUUUGACUCCUUACCUGUUCCCUGACCCCCGGGCUCUCUGUGAGCAUCUUCCAGUCAUCCAACAACUUGCCACCAGUGGUAAGUUUUUCCUUAUCAUACCCAAGAUUGCGGUCGACAUAUUGUAUGUCCUGAGAAAGGAAGACCAUAGGGCCGUGGCAGCCAUCACCUUCCUAGAGGAUGAGCUGAAGAGAGGUAACCAGUACAUUCUAUGCCAGUCCUUUGUGUCUCAGAGGUUCAUGAGACCCAGGAUGACCAGGACAGACUCUGAUGCCUGGGAUCUCUAUAACAUUCUUGACUUUUGCAAAGGUCUGCUGAACUCAUCUAGGCCAGGCAUACUUGAUCCCAACUGCAUGGUCACUAUCAUCACUGGCAUCUGUUUGGAGAACCCUAGGAAUUUCUCAUAUCCCCUUCAGUUGGCUCUGGGGACAGCAACCGAAGCUGGCGUGGAAAUAAAGAACAUCCAGCGCUUCUAUAAAGAGUGGAAGGCAGUCAGCUAA